AUGGACAAAGCUAAAGGGAAAACAGUGAAAGAUAAGGGUGAAAACUCUGAAGAAUUAUUAACAGUUCCUGAAGGUUGGAAAGAACCAGAAUUUCGGAAAGAAGAUAAUGUUCAUGGCUUAUUAUGUGAAAGCUCAUUUGCCACUCUCUUCCCUAAAUAUAGAGAGAAAUACAUACGUAGUGCCUGGCCUCUUGUACAGAAAGCUUUGGCUGAAUAUGAAUUAAAAGGCAAAUUGGAUUUGAUUGAAGGGAGCAUGACAGUUUUGACAACCAGAAAAACCUGGGACCCUUUUAUAAUUCUCAAAGCCCGUGACUUCAUCAAGCUUCUUGCCAGAAGUGUGCCCUUCCAACAGGCUGUGCGUAUUUUACAAGAUGGGAAUUAUUGUGAUAUUAUCAAAAUUGGGAGUAUAGUGCACAAAAAGGAACGUUUUGUGAAACGCAGACAGAGGCUAAUAGGCCCCAACGGCUCAACAUUAAAGGCCAUUGAAUUGCUAACCAACUGUUAUAUAAAUGUUCAAGGCAACACAGUCUCUGCAAUUGGAAAUUUUCGAGGACUUAAAGAGGUGCGAAAAAUUGUUCUUGACACAAUGAAAAAUAUCCACCCAAUUUAUAACAUUAAGACUCUCAUGAUAAAAAGAGAACUGGCCAAAGAUGAAUCAUUAAAGAAUGAAGACUGGAGUCGAUUUAUGCCAAAAUUCAAAUCCAAGACUCAUGCCAAGAAAAAGAAGAUUGCAAGGAAGCCAAAGAAAGAAUACACACCCUUCCCUCCUCCAAUGCCUGAAAGCAAGAUUGACAAGGAAUUGGCUACUGGUGAAUAUUUCUUAAAAGCAGGAGAGAAGAAAGCCAAGAAAAUGCAAGAAAUUAAGGAUAAGCAAAAGAGUGCUGCCGCCCGACAGAAAGAGAAAAGAAGCCAGGCAUUUAUUGCCCCAGAAGAGUCUGCACCAGCCACAAAAGUGCCCAAAACAGAUGCUGACGUUGACAUUGAAUCCCUGAAAAAGAAAGUUAAAAAAGCACAGAAGAAAAAGAAAUCUUAA